UAGCGAGCACUGGUCUCUCACUCGUUGCUUAUAGAUCGAGCGUAGCACACCGAUAAACGUCGUGCAAUAGGAUCAUUUUUUCACCAUGCCUUCAUAUAAGCUGCUUUACUUUAACGCAAGAGGCCGGGCUGAGAACGCACGGACGCUCUUUGCAGUUGCCGGUGUCGCCUAUGAAGAUAAACGCAUUGAGCAAGGGGAAUGGGGAUCUUUAAAAAGCAAACUUAAUUUCGGAGUGAUGCCAAGCUUGCAGGUAGACGGCGUAUCAAUAUCGAUGUCUCAGGCAAUCGCAAACUACCUAGCCCGUGAAUUCGGUCUAUACGGCAAAAGCAAUCUAGAAAGUACACGAAUUGACGUCACUUACAACGCACUCGUGGACAUGGUGACUCUACUCUACGAUUACAUAUUUGCUAAGGAUGAUGCUAAGAAGAAAGAAUGCAUGAAAAAAUUUUCUGACAAGGCCGAGAGCUACGGACCCGGUUUGGAAAAGUUCCUGAUGGAAAACGGUGGAGGCGACUACUUCGUUAAAAGUGGAUUGAGCCUGGCUGAUAUCGCAUUUUUCAACGCAUAUUCAGAAAUGAAAAUCCAUAAACCCGAUGUUCUAGACAAAACACCAAAACUGAAGGCCUUAUAUGACCGUGUAGCGGCCAACGAAAAGAUUGCCAAAUGGGUUAAGACAAGACCAGAGACACCAUUUUAGAAUAUGUAAUAAGCCUAAGUAAUUUAGAUUUCAAAAAACACUGAUGGCCAACACUUUUGUAUCUUUCAUUAUUAUAUUCACAUUGCAAUUGAAUUAUUUUGUUACGCACAAUAUACGGUAAAAGAUUAAAAGUUGAUUUACACUUUUAUAGGAAAGACACAAUGUUCAAAGUGCUGUAGACCAAUGCACUGAAACCGGGAUUAAAUUUUAACACUUCACUACAUGUGUAAUCAUGGACCUAUUUAUGAUCAAAAGGUCCAUCGGUUAAUGAAUGUGCCGUAGCAAGAUGCUGGAAAAAGAUAAAAAUAUAUUCAUUAAUAUGAAUUUACAUGGGUUCUUCACGUUUGCAAUAUACUCUUGUACAUCCUUUUACCAAUGAAUUCGCUUAUUUUCAUUUUAAUAAAUAUUGAGCAUGGUCUUGUUCUUUUACUUGA